AUGGCUGAGAAGCAACCGCAAUGGGUUAUGACCCAAAAGAAGACAUUCACAAAGUGGGCCAAUGUCCAGUUGGCUGGCACUUAUGUGAUCAACGAUGUUGAAAAGGAUUUGAGCGACGGUAUCAUCCUCAUUUCUUUGUUUGAAGCACUCACCAAGAAGAAAGUCAGUUUCAAGUUCAACAAACAACCAAAGAUGAAAAUCGCAAAAUUAGAGAACUUGGAACAAGCACUCAAGUUCAUUGUAGCUGAUGGUAUUAAGUUGGUCAACAUUGAUGCACAAAACAUCUUUGAAGGUGACUUGAAGUUGAUUCUUGGACUUCUUUGGGUGUUAAUUUUGAAGUAUCAAAUUGCUGCAAAUAAGAUGGAUGCGUCAACACAAGCACUUUUGGACUGGGUCAAUUCUAAAAUUGCGCCAAAGAAGAUCACCAAUUUCAAGAGUGACUGGAACACAGGUGAUACAUUGAAUGAACUCAUCAAAGCUUUAGAACCAGAAUUCAUCGAUAUGGGUGAGUCUGAGAACAAAGAGACUGGAGCUGAACGUAUUAAAUAUGGCCAACAAAUUGCUGAAGACAAGAUGAACAUCCCCGCCAUCAUUGAUGCAGCGGAUAUGGCACUUCCUGAACCAGAUGACUUGUCUGUCAUGGCUUAUGUCUCUUACUUCAGACACUACGAGGCUGAAAAGGAGAAGAUGUUGAAUGAUAUGAUGAUGAAGAAGACUCCGGACACCGAGAAGUGUAUUAUUGAAGGAGAAGGCAUUAAGACUGGUGAAGUGUUAGUACCGGACACAUUCAAAGUGAUUGCUGUUAACAAGAUGGGCAACAACAUUACUGAAGGUGGACACAACUUUAUUGGUAAAGUCACUGAUCCCAAUGGCAAUGAAGUUCCAGUCGAAGUGAAAGACAAUGGGAAUGGCACAUAUGAUAUGACAUACAUCCCACAGGUCCCGGGCAAACACAAAGUUGAAGUCUUUUAUGAAGACAAGCAACUUAAGCAGUCACCAUGUGAAGCACUUAUUAACCCCGCCAAAGCCGAUCCGACUUAUACAUAUGCUGACGGUGCUGGUGUACAAGAGUGCAAUGCAGGCACAGGCCCCGUUGAGUUUGUCAUUCACUCUGUUAACAAAGCGAAUGUCCCCGUCCCAUCCUCAACAGAAGACUUCAAAGUGAUUGUCAGAGAUCCUAAAGGAGAAGAACUUCCAGUUGAAAUUAAGAACAAUGAAGAUGGAACAUACACGGGAAGCUAUACCCCAGUCCCAGGCAUUGAUACCGUCUUCAUUACUUUGGACGGAAAGGCUAUCAAGGACGCUCCAUACAAAUGCAAAGUCUUCCAAGACCCAACCACCGCUUGCAUUGGAGAGUCAUACGCCUUUGGCCCGGGAGUCGAUGGCAACAUUUCCAUUGACAAAAGCCCCGUCUUCAGAAUCCAGGGAGUCACCCCGGAAGGCAAAAAGUGCGAGAAGGGAGGCGACACAUUUGUUGUCGUUGUCAAGAACCCAGAAGGAAAGGAACAGAAGCCAAAAGUGAUUGAUAGAGGAAACGGGAAGUAUGAUGUCAAGUACAAAGCUAAAGUCCCAGGUGUCUAUGACGUUACCGUCCAAUUGAAAGACCCAGAGAACCCAGAAGAGUUCAAAGACAUUAAAGGAUCUGUCUAUCAUCCUGAAAUCCUUGACGGAGUCUCUGCGAAGAAAUGCACUGUCACUGGACAAGGAAUUGAAAGACCAAAUGAUCAAGUUGAUAACGUCUUUGUUAUCACAGCUAAAGACUAUAAAGGUGAAGACGUCAAGAAUGGUGGACAUCCAUUCCAAGUCGUCAUCGAUCAAGUCAAAGAGUCUGAUAAAAAGAAGAAGAAAGAGAAGAAGGAGUCCAGUUCAAGCUCCUCAUCAGACUCUUCUGAAGAAGAGAAGGAAGGAGAAGUCGACGAGGACUUCGCUAUCUUGCACGAAGAGGGCGAAGAAGUCCCAGCCGUUCAAGAAGAGCAACAAGAAGAAAACAAAGAGAUUGAAGGCAAAAAAGUCGCUCAAAAAGAAAAAGGAGGGAUCCCAUGCACUGUAGUCGAUAAGGAAGAUGGCACUUAUGAAGUCCAUUAUAAGGCUGAAGCCGGUCAAGUCAGAGUCAAAGUCACAUUGAAUAAAGAAAAGGUCGCCAAGUCACCAUAUUACUUGGACAUCGAAGAAGACGCCGAUCCAGAUGAGACCGGUGUUGAAAACUUCUGCUUUGUUAUUCAAGCCAAAAAUAGAAGAGGACAAGUCCAGGCAGACGGAAAAGCAAAAUUCGCUGUCGACUUGGAAGGACCAGAAGGUAAGGUCGAAGGUCAAACUAUCGUCGUAAAACACCUCGGAGAAGGAAAGUACUUCAUUUCUUAUACUUUGCCCGCUGUGAAAGGAAAGUACUUCAUUAACUGCAAGUUGAAUAGAAGACACAUUAAGGGGUCUCCUUUCAAACAAACAGUCAACUAA